UGACUAAUGGGGCCUCUAAUUCGGGUGUCGUCCCGUUCCCAGUUCAGCCCUCUUGCGGCCAGUCCUGCCGGGAGCUCGAGAGUUUGCGUGAGGCGUCGAGAAACUCGUACCGUGGCAGUCUGCGUCUUCGACUCGCGCCUCUCGGUAUUUUUUUUGUUUGUGGCGUGUCGUCGAGAUUCAGGCUUGGAAUGUUUGUUUGAUUUCGAGGUGUUUCGGAACGCGCGAGCGCAGCUGAAUUGUCGUCUGCAACGAGUCGUCCGCUGCGAUCGUCGUCUGCUACGAUUGUCUGCCCGCUAGAAGCGUCGUCUGCUCGGGGCACCGUCUGGUACGGACUUGACCUGCGGUGCUUGCCGUCUGCUAAAAUAUACAUAUAUAUCUGUAUUUUUCUGGGGGAGGGGGAGGGGGGGGGGCUGAUUUGUUAGGAGCGCCGUCUACCGGGCUUCGCUUGCGAGGACGUUGUCUGCUGGAAGUGUCGUCUGUUUCUGACAUGGUCUGGUAGGAUUUGGACGGAGACUGCUGUCUCCUCGAUUGUUUCGGAACGUGACCUGCUACGAGUGUCGUCAGCUACGGGCUUCGUGGACGAAGACAUCGACUGCUAGAAGCAUCGCCUGUUCCAAGGACUGUCUUUUAAUACAUAACGAGUGCUAAAAACAUCGCCUGCCACAGGGUUUGUGUGCGAUUGUUUCCCGUUAGAAAAUCUUGCCAACUUUGCGCGUUCCAUGGGCGUCUUCUGCUACCAGCUUUGGGGAUUACUUCUCGGUACAUCGUGUGCUUGGGACAUCGCCCGUUUUCAGACAACGUCUAGCCUAGACUUAUCUUGCUACAAGGAUAUGUGCUCGGGGGGCGGGAUCAGGCUCUUGGCCUCGAGCAGGCAGAUGGUGACGUGCAGCCGUCAUUCUGUGGUUGUCCACUAAAAGGUUAGUCUAUUUCAAACUCUGACUGCUACGAACCUCGUGUGCUUACGGAGUUCCCCUUGUAUGGACAUCGUCUGCUACUGUUGUCGCCUGCUGGUGUGUCGGAUACAUCCUUUUUUCGUCACGUUGGUCGUCUGUAGCCAUCGACGUUGGCUACGUUUGUCGUCUAUAAACUUUUUCGUUAUCGACAUUUGCCGUCUGUCGCUUUCGUCGUUGGCGUAGUUUGUCUUAUGUUGCCUUCGUCGUUGGCUAGAUUGGUCGUCUGUCGCCUUCAUUACUGAUCGAUUACAUCGUCUGCUAUAGUCUCAACGCUCGUUACGUUCCUGUCUUGGUUUCUGUUUGAUAUUUCUUUGAAAUUAGUAUUUUCUUUCUUCUGCCUCGCUCGGCUUAUUCCGUGCCUGUUUUUUUUUUACUUCUCUGCAGUGCUUGCCGAGAGCUGACUGCUGCGUUGGGCCGCUUAGUUCUCUGGUUUGCUUCUCGGGAGCAGAACUUUCUGUGUGUGCCAGAACGCCCGGUCUCUCUGUCGUGCUGCAGUGUCGUCGUGGUGCUUGUGUGGUGUUCGCGCUGAGCAGACCCAGUCUGUGGGUGACCACGAGUGGAUUACCUGAUUGCCGGCGGAUGCCACUAAUCGCCCGGCAAUGAGAAGCCGGAAGGAUCAUCACCACCAUCACUACCGCCUGAAUCUCUACAGACGGAGGGGAUCUGCAGACUCCAACUACAGCCAGCCGUCGUCCGACCUCUCCUUAGAUGAAGAUCGCGAAAACACGCGGCGGGAAACUGAGCGCCUGGCACUGGCAAAGCUACAGUCGGCAAGGGAGAAGCUGGUAGCAUUUACAGUGCGCACCAACAUGGCCUACGACGGCACGCUGGACGACGACUCCCCCGUCCACGGCUACGCCAUCUCGUUUGGCGUCAAGGACUACCUUCAGAUCCUGGAGAAGUACAACAACGACUGGUGGGUAGGACGGCUCACAAAAGAAGGCUGCGACAUGGGUUUCAUCCCGAGUCCGGCAAAACUCGAAAACCUCAUUCUGCAGCAGACGCAGACGAGGAGCACGAAGCUCUACUCAAGCAAAGCCGGUGGGUCUAGUAACAUAGGUGGCCUCGUGAGUGGGGUCCUGUCCAACUCAAAGUCUUCGAAUUCCAGGGGCUCCACGCCACCCACGCCAGACCAGAACGGGCUGGAGAGCAACGUGGAAGAAAGCGACAGUCCGGGCAACACCAAGUUGGGACGAGGCGUCAUCACCACACUCCCUGCCAAGGAGAAGCGAAAACCCUUCUUCAAGAAGUCUGAGAGCCCAUCCCCGUACGACGUAGUGCCUUCUGUGCGACCAGUGGUGUUGGUGGGGCCUUCUCUCAAAGGCUACGAGGUGACAGACAUGAUGCAGAAAGCACUGUUCGACUAUCUGAAGCACCGCUUCGAAGGCAGGAUCAUAAUAACCAGAGUGACUGCGGACAUAUCACUGGCAAAGCGCACGGCCGUCAACAAUCCCGGCAAGCGGGCCAUCAUUGAACGAGCAAACAGCAGGUCAUCUUGCAUGGCCGAGGUGCAGGCAGAAAUCGAACGUAUCUUUGAGCUGGCACGAACCCUGCAACUUGUUGUCCUUGAUUGCGACACCAUCAACCACCCUUCCCAGCUGGCCAAGACAUCACUGGCGCCCAUCAUGGUCUACGUCAAGAUAUCCUCCCCAAAGGUGCUCCAGAGGCUGAUAAAGUCUCGGGGCAAAUCUCAGAGCCGGAACCUCAACGUGCAGAUGGUGGCAGCGGAGAAGCUGGCCCAGUGCCCGCCCGAGCUGUUUGACGUGAUCCUGGACGAGAACCAGCUGGAGGAGGCGUGCGAACACCUGGCAGAGUUCCUGGAGACGUACUGGCGGGCCACCCACGAGAACCUGACGGAGAACUACGCCCAGCUGGUGGCAGCCACCCCGAACACCCCGGCCAUCGUGGAGAUCCCCGAACAGAGGGCCCCCUCCGCCCGGCUGGCAGAGGACCCGCUCCUCAAGGAGGAGGAGGAGCAGGAGGUCUCCGCACGCUCCCGGGAGGGCCAGUGGCGGCAGCAGCGCAUGCAGCAGGAGCACCAAGUCCGCCAGCAGCACCCCCUGCAGCAGGCGGGGGGCGGCAGCUCCGGGCUGGGUCGCCCCGUGGCGCCCCAGGUGCGCACCAGAGCGCAGCACCACUCCUACCCCGGGGAGCGCAGGCUGCCCAGGCAGCCCGGAGAGGUGUCCUCUCCAGAAGGCGACCUCUUCCCCACGGACUACCGGACAGACGAGCCGUACUCGGACCCAACGCGCGUCCCGACAGACUACUACGGCGACGUGCCGAUGCGGCCGGCACCGGUCAUGGCCACGUCGUAUCGGACGAGCAACUUCGACGACUGGGACAAUGCACCGGACCCUUACAUGGAGGACAAGUUGGAUGAGACGCCGCACUCGCACCCUAGGCACCACCAUGCGCACCGUUCCGACUACGUCCGUGAAGACGACGACGACAGGGAGUACCGUGGCGGCGAAGGAUCCACGCUGCACCGGGGACAGAAGUAUCCGGUCAACGUGCUCUAAUGGCCGCCGCUCAAGCCGCUUUUGGAUCGCUGUCGUCCAGGGAAGAUAAACGCCGUCUUGGCCUGGGGAACAAAUCUCCCCACAUUGUACCCAGUUUGGGGAAUUGUUCCAGGGACAAGGGAUCCCCAGAUAUGCACCAUGUCUCGGUCUGGGGAAUGGACAUCCCCAUAUUGUCCCUAAUCCGGGAAAGAGCGAUUCCUCGAAUUUGCGCCGCUGUGUCGGUCUGGGGAAUGGACAUCCCAGAAUCGUCCCCUAGUCUGGGGGCGAGGGAUCCCCAGAUAUGCGCCAUGUCGUGCCACGGGGGGCUCUGAAACUGCCCCCCUCCUCUCCCUUCCUCCGCCCCCACUCACUUUUUCGCCAACUUCGUGUGGCGGGUUCGUUUCCGCCAUGCGGGACGCUCUCUCCUCUCGCUGCUCAACGCUCGACGCCGGAAAAAGCUGCCGCUGUCGACAAACGCGUUUUUCAGGUUGAGACAUAUGGUGUGGCAGCCAUUUUUAUUUUGAGUUUGUUAGUGUUUUUUGAGGUUGUGUCUUAAUAACAGAAAUCGGGAAGCGUCUGUGUCCGACACCAUUGCUGGAGAGAUUAGGCAUUGCUUGGUUCACACUUGCGCUGUGUAUUGCCAACGAGGCGUCUUAAUUUCUCGGUCGUUCUUCAAUGGGUCAGCUCUUGAACAGUUGAGUUGAACUGUCUGCUCAUUUAAGUGAGCGGAAACUUCAGACUCCCCGAAUUCUUUUUAGAAAUGCGCGCAAAAGGCAGGCUGAAGAGGUUAAGACUCCUCGGAGACUCCGGGGAAUGCUUAAGAAAAACUGCAACUGUAAUGUCUUUUUGCGAGGAAUGCUCGCAGCAUUGUUUCAGUUGAAGCAUGCCGGUUUCUAGCGAUCCCGAUUACCCUUUUCUAGUCCCUUAUUUAUUCUUCACUCCGAAAGAAAGCCUUUGGUCGCUCUUACGGGGUAUGCAUCGUAAGAGACCUCCAGAACCCCAUUUUUCGGCAAGUUGUUUUCUUUCGAGCUUCUAAAGCUUUUUGGCGCCUUACAUCUGCUGAGCCUGUCAAAGUACUUGUUAUUGUUUUGGAUUAGUCGCUCGGUUACUUUUUUUGUGGCUGUUAACUUCCAAUGCUUUCCAUAAUAUGACUUACAGUAAUGCUGUUUCGUAGAAUAUUUAUUGACAACUUGCAGACCGCUGCAUACUAAAGUUUUCCAUGUGGACAGAUGCCAACAGUUGAUCAGAAUCAUUUUAUCUAGGAUCUUAGUUUUUUUUGCCCUUUUCCUUUGUCAUAGUUGUGCGUGCAGCAGGAAACCCACAUUCUCGAAAUCUGCCGAAGGACCUUUGAUCCCGAACCAUGCCAGUGGUGCAUUACCUGCUGGCUUACCGCGCUUAAGCAACCAGUGUAUUUUGUAUUUUCUUAGCUCUUUUAGUGGGGCGAGCCCUUUCAAGUUCACAAAAUAUCUCAAGGACUGCUGCAUUUUGUUUAUUUCGCGCUCAUAAAAUAGGUUGUGAGCUGUUCGUCUCGACCUUUGUUUCACGGUGCCUACUUUCCUAGGCAGCGUUUAAAGAGGGUCCCGAAAUGCGGCGUCGUUUUCUAGAGACGCGUGGGACGUUGCACGGGUUUGGCGAUUGCAAUGGCGGACGAUCCGUCUUGGCCGGAGGAGAGUUAAGUUAGGGUCCUUAGCUUCGUUAAGAUGGCUUUGCCCGUGCAUUAUUUUCCCCCAACUCUUUGUCGAGAAUGCCAACAGGAGCAUUCUGGGUGUCGAACGUAGUUUGUACUAACAGACGCCUAGAUUUGUAAGUUUCGGCUCCGUUGCAGUUGGACUCGUCCCUCGGAGCCGAGCCCAGUUUCUAACGGUCGUUCCGACCUCCACUCGCGUCGGCCGCAGUUUUCUACGUGCCUGUAGGCAAGAGACCACAACACAGAGUGGGGGACUGCAAGUUCCAAAGCGCCCACACGGUUUGAUCCCUUCUCUUCUUUCCCCUCUCUCUAGCUCCCUCUCUGGCUUCGUUUUUGUAACUCGAAGGCAACUCUGGGCGUGGGCCUCAAACUGCUCCGACUUUUGGGUCCGGUUACUGCAGCUCUCGCACUUUGCGUCCGCGCGCACUAAUUGGCCGGGAUUAGUUGGUGUUGACUUCAGCCACGAGAUGUUUGCGGUUUUGUUCUGUACGGGCCGACUUGCAAACUUUCCUUCAUCUUGGAUGAAAAUCUUUCUUGUCCUGUUUCUUGAGAGUGAAGGGCAUAGGGCCUCUUUUGGGAGUGGUGACGGACGAGCUAUUGCCGUUUCAAAGUUGGCAGAAGGGUUACGUUCGAAUGACACCUUGACUCGAGCUCAGCGUUGUCCUUUGAUUUUUGCGGAGAGCGGCCCCAACUCAAAAUUGUGUCGUCGGUCAGGGUCAACCAUUUCACCGAGGCGGUUAAAAUUCGGAAAACGCUCUUAUCGUAGGUGUCCCAGGUGUCGUAAACAGCGGCGUUUUAAUGAGCGACAGUUGGAUCAGUUAGCCCGGGGAAGGCCUGUAUGGAGUUUUAGUUGCUGAGACUCGUUGGGUGCAAAACAAUUUCAGAGCAGACGGACGCGUAUAAAGCAAGACGCAAACAUAUGCGCGUAUAAAAUCAUCAACACGGUCUAGGACGCAGGACCCAAAGAGCUUUGCGGCACUCUUUUCUCGACGCUGCCUUAAUGACGUGUUCAGGAACGAAAACAAGAGUAACGCAGUCACCAGAGUGCUCGAAAGAGGAGAGUGAGAGGCGGACAAAAAUGAUUGGUGUUUCGAUAAACUGUCGGCCCGGCAUCCCCUGGCUUCGAGCGCACUUGAUUCGAGCGCGUAGACUGUUCCUUCCUCCAAGUUUGACUGGCGAUCGUGCGAGUUGCUCACGUGUUGUACUACGUCAUGCUUUUUUCUCUUUUCCCCGAGCUUUGUCCUCGGAGCCAGCUCCUUGAGUAGUUGCUGGUUGCACCACCUGCAAUAGGAAGGGCCAUUCUUUUCCCACUCGGUGUGAAUUUGGAAGAAUGCGGCAUCUUUGUCAACAAUUAGCUUGUUUUUGCCGUCGAUUUGGGGCUCUCGUCGACUCCUCGCUUUGCUACAUGCUCGGCGUCAAUUUGAGCAUCGGUUGCGGCGCAUGUACAUACGUAUAAACCGGGAAGAAUGCUUACUCUGGGUUUGAUUUCUUGUUUGCAUUUCUUUACAGUAGUUUUUGCUAAUAUUUCAUUUGCAGCGAUGGAAGCACCAGUGGCACCACCGACGAAAGUCUGCUACACGUUGCUCCAAAACGUUAUUUAUGCUAAGAAUUGUGCCACAUCCGCGCCGACAUGGCCUCGAACGAAAUGGAAAUAUAAAAUAUUUUCUUAUCGGUCUAUCCUAAUACUCUGAGAAGUGAAAGGAAACAAAAAGGGUGUGAAUAUGUAUUUGACAUUUUAAUAUAUUAAAGCGCAAAAUGAUGAAGGAAAAACAAAAAGACAGGAAAGAGUACUCUGCCCUGUUUUUCUCGUCGUAUAUUAAUAUGUACUACCAACAAGCCCGCCAGAUGGUCUUAAUAUGUUUCACGGUUUCUUUACCCACCGUUUAGGCUUUUUGAUCUUGGGUCAAAGCACAUUCGAGGGCUCGAACACACAUAAUCACAAACCCGCAUACUAGAAGUGCGAGUCCAUGGCAUUCGCAGCGCUUCAUUGGCCUAACCUACGAAAAAACACAGAGAUAGAUGACAAACGCUACGGUGUCGCGCUUUGACUCCGCUCGAUUAGUUGCGUUGACUCGUAGCUUUACCCGUGUUUCGACUUAAGAUGAAGCUUUGCUUCAUCUUAACCACCUAAUCCUGCUUCAAUCUUGCCGACAUUGUCCGAAUUUCCGGACGAUAUCGGCGACGUGGGGAGCUGAAAUUCGCGGCAGAAGUUUGCAAAAUAUUUGCGUGGCAGCCAUUGUAAUGAGACGGACCCAGUGUCUUUUACUGCUGACGACAUCGCUCGAUUGUCGUGUGUGCCGCAUGCCACAAUGGCGUGGCUCCGUGUACCGUGGCACUUGCACCGCAGUGCUAGGAGCAGCGGCUGACGCAGGAAGCACGUGGAUUUGCGCAAUUUGCUCUAACAUUAUGCUUUGUACCAUUACGGGCCAACCUUCUUUGGUCCUCCCGAAUCUGUGCCAAGGAAGGAAACAAAGCUUGGUUCUCUCUUUCGAUCGACUGCUGGACGGGAACGCGCAGCGGUGAACCAAAAAGGCAUCAAAUUUUUCUAUGAAACGUCCAGUGCUGCUUCCAUCGCUGCAUUUGUCAACUCAGAUUGUAGCAUUUGAAGGAAUGGUACUGUCUUCGAAAGUAUCUCCUUAAAAACUUGAAAAUGAGCCAAUCGCUUAAAUUCAGCUAGCACCGAUAAAAAAUGUGAUUGUUUCCAUAGGUUGUUAGCGGCAUAUACUAAGUUACAGGUGAGAGGUGUCCCAUUCACUAAUUGCUAAUCUGGCUAGGGCUUGUCCAAUUGGGAAACUUUAGAAACAUGACAAUUUAAUAGACCAGUGAAGACGUUAUAGGCAUCACCUGUUUGUUCCACUCGAAUCUGUUUGCUUCUGUGGCUGCUGUUUCUGGCAGGACCGGGGCGCUGCUUUAGUUUUUGAGAGGAUCCACAGUACGGUUUUAUCGAUGGCGGAUCACCAGGCGUGUUGAAGGUAGGUCGUAUCGGAACUAGCCCAUCACAUUCCACCAGUUUCUUGGGCCGUCAAGUGUGGUAUCAUAGCAUACAUGACUGCGACCAAUGGGAGAUUGCAUUGGCCUGAUCGGUCAGAUUGAAAAAUCGGACGAAUACCCGUUUUGUGCGAUGCAAGGUUGUGAGGUUUCUAGGUUCAUUCGUAACAAUCCCUAGUCAUGCUUACUCAGUUGAAAGCCUGCCUGCAGUAACGGGAAACAUACCAAAACUCCUUUUGUGCCCUCCAGAUAGCUCCGCAUUUUUUCUUUCAUGUUUUUUUUUUUUGGAAUGCCAGUGCACGGAGCUUUACCGCGACCGUGUACGGUGGUGUGCGAGAGAUCCAGGAGGAAUGCGCGUCGAAGUCGAGUUGCGCCCGUAAGCUGGCGAGAUGCCGGGCCUUAUUCUUGCCACACCAGAGAGGCAGACUUCCUUGGUACCUCCCCCAAGCCACGCUAGUCGAAGCGACUCGUCACAGUAUGCACCGACUGCUACCAACUAGCUGCUAGCACUGUACCUGCUGACCUUCGUGGCACCGUCGAGCUGUUUGGAUGCAGUUUAGAACGCCAUUUCGGCGAGCCUCGUUCGGUCGCGUUCGUCAGUCGAGCGCCACCGAAGGUGGCGAAGAUCUUAAGCCAAUCAAGCGAGGGCCACAUUCUCUUCUUUUCCUCAUUGUACACCGGCUCUGCAAGUUGCAAGGCCCGAGUUCAUUUGCCGCACUCGUCGGACUCUUCCUUCUCGUAGCUACCGCAGCUUUAGUUAGUCUUUUGUCACCCACACCGCAGUUAAGCUUUUUCUAAACGAUUUCGGCGUCGUCGAGUGGUCGGCGAAAGCGUCUUGCGAAGCUCGUCUCUUAGCACAGAUUUGCGCGCCACGAAAUUUCUUUCUGCCACGAAUUUCUGUCAUGGCAGAAUGGCUGCGGCCAGCGUCGCGUCGUGUGGGCGCUUGUCGUGGUGCGGAGAGGGAAAAAGAACUGUUGCGUGUGCACCCGGGUUCCGCAGAGUCGCGCGACACGGUUGUGAAGUGAGAUUCGUCGUCAACCAUCUUUUCAUUUACGUUUAACUGUCUGUGAGAAAGAGCGAGAGAGCUGUUGAGGCUUUGUAAAUAUGUACACCAAGCUCCUUCCCUUCUUUGCCUCUUUUACGAUCUAGCGAGAAGCAGUGAUGCCACGUUUCUCCCCAGUGUAAACAGUGCCGCAGUCGUCGACAUUUUCUACUCAUUCCCUUCCUUCGCGGAAAUAUAUAAAUUAAAUUUGCGGGCGCACGCACCCAAGGCUACACAGUUUUUGACAGAGAAGAAAAACAACAAAAAAGAAAAAAAAACGCUCCAGGCCACGUCUGGGCGUGCUUUGUCAAGAAGUCUUGUGCUUUCUUUCUCCUCUUGAACAAAGCGAUUUCGUAAGAAGAGGCGAGGGAAAUUGGCAUAUAUAUAUAUAUAAAUAUAUACAUAUGCGCAGUGUAUGUGCGCAGAAUAUGUAUAAACAUGACCUGAGUAACCCUCUUUGGCGAUUUGUAAAUAAAGUUAUUGCCAAACACCUA